AUGCUCAUUCUUCUCCACGCAGUCAUCCAAAGCGAAUGGGAAUCCGACGCCAAGCCAUCAUCUGCAGCGUCUCCUCAGAACAGUCAGAAUGGCAAUGGAGAGCUCUCACUUCCCCAGAAGAUGCUUGAGUCGGCUGCUACGUCGUUCGCGUCCAUACUUGUCCUUGCCGCAGGAUUUGGCAUCGCUGGCUAUGCCUAUCACAAGUCCUACAAACGCAUCGUUCUCAACAAGAUGGCCAAUGCCUUUGAGCCAGGCGACCCUGUUCUCGAUCUCGCGGCCAUCGGCAAAGAGGUGCCCAUGACACCAGCCGAUAUGGAUGACCGCUGGGUCAAUCGGCCUGAGCAGCUUCGUGUCGACCAGAUCGUCCAGGGCGAAGAAGUUGGACAUUAUCAUCUUCUUAUUGGCGACAAGGGCACUGGGAAGAGCAGCAUGCUGAUCGAGGCCAUGCGCAAGAUUGAUGGCGACGGCGUCGCCAUGUUCGAGGCCCACGCCGACCUGGAAAUCGUUCGUAUCCGUCUUGGCAAGGCCCUUGACUUUGAGUUCCACGAAGACUACAUCGGCGGUUACUUCAGUGAGCGUGGCCCCCGCGACACCACAGCACUCCUGGACAUCGAGCGCGCCCUCAACAAGCUUGAGAAGGUGGCACUCCUUAAGCGAGCUGAGCGCAAGAAGCCGCUGGUGCUCAUCAUCAACCAGAUGCACUUGAUCCGUGACGACGAUGACGGCAAGGAUCUCAUUGAACUACUUCAGCAGCGAGCGGAGCAAUGGGCGGCAGCCAACCUUGUAACCAUGGUCUUCAACAGCGACGACUUUUGGGUGUAUGAAAGGCUGAAGCAACUGGCCACGCGAAUGGAGGUCAUCCCUGUACUUGACCUUCCCAAGGCGCAAGCUUCGAUUGCGCUGCAGAAGUAUCGAGUCCGCUACUUUGGGCAACAAGUGUCGGCUCGCGAGCUGGAAGAGGUGUACGACCUCGUUGGUGGGCGUCUCUCGUUUCUGAACCGCGUUGCAAAAAGCCGCGACAUGCUGGCCAUGUGCAAGCGCAUCUGUGAUAACGAGAGGCGGUGGUUCCUGAAUCAAUGCUGGAUUCUUGGAGCUGAAAUGGACGACGAUGUCAUGGAUCAGCAGAAGUGGGCUAGCGCAGCAAUGGUGCUCGCGCAAGCUCUUGUGCACGAGGAACCCAACAUGGACGCUACAUAUGAUGCAAAGAUCGGUCACAUCCUUCCCUCGUUUCCUCUGCAUAUCGCACAACAGCGCAUGACACGCGCUGACUUUAUCCGGCAAAUGGACCGACUGAACCUCUUCUCCAUCACGUCCGAGGCCGAUGUUCGAGCAUCGUCGGUACCCAUGCACCAUGCCUUCCGGCAGAUCUGUUCUGAACCUGGCUUUAACGAGCACCUAGAAGCCACGACACUCCGCAUCGCCGACAUUGAGAGUCUUGGCCGCCAGCGCGAAUUGGUCGCCAAAGAUUUGGUACUAGGAGGACAUUACGAGAUCGCCAAACAGGGGAGCAACGGAUUUACCGUCAAGGUGGUCCCAGGUGAGGAUCGCGGCAUGUAUCCGGGAUGA